GGCCUUGUUCCUCUGACGAGGAAGUCACGGGGGCCCACAGUCGCCCUCUGUAAGCUGACACCCCCAUGGGCCACUUCCACGAGCCACUGGCCCUCGAGAAGUUGCCUCUCUAUCGAGAAGCGCUACACGCUGACUACCAAUCGCAUACUAUUCUAUACUGAAAAAAAAAGGGCUAUACACGAUAAGAUCUAGAAAUGAAACGUGCCUCUAUGAUACAAAAUGCAAGAUGUGUGUUUGUUUGUGGGUGGGUGUGUGCACAUGGAAGGGUUGGCGAGGGGGCACAGACGCGCGUACGGGGCACGGGGGCUCACCAGGGGGCCCUGGGUAGCCCAAGAACGGGCGCGUAUAGGGUGGGGGCGUUCUACGACGCCACUGUCUGGCCAGACUCACCCUCUGCACGAGAAGAAAUACUGUAAAGAAAAAAAAGAAGACACGCUCUCCUCGCCAGGCUCCAUGCCAGGCUCCACGUCAGUGGUCUUCCCCGGGCAUGGACAGCUCACCGUGCCCCUUGGGGAAGUGAGUGCCACCCUACGGGGCGUGCAAGCCGCUCCGCUGGCACUCCGUGGGCCACUAGCCGUGGGGGCCUUGUUCCUCUUCCGAGGAAGUCACACGGGGCACUAGAGGUCUCCUCGUAGAGGAGCCAGGCCCCACGCCAGUGGCCCUCCCCGGGCAGGGGCCCAGCGGAGCCUCUUGCUGUCCCCACGGGGAUGCCAAUGGACCCGCCGCGGGUCUCUGCACCGUGCUGUGCCGUGCGUCGUACCGGGGGUGAGGGAGAUGGACGAGGAC